GGCUUUUGCAGCACAUUUGCCCAGUGCAAUACAUGGUUUGAUUUCUUGACUGCUGCUUCCACGGGUAUUGAUUGUGGAUCCAGGUAAAAUGAGGUUCUUGACAACGUCAGUCUUUUCUCCGCUGAUCAUGAUGUUUGCUUGUGGGUCCUGCGUUGAGUUGCAGUGGAGGAGGAGGAGAGUCAGGAGGUGUUGGAAGCAGAUCCACAUUAGUGUGCAGAAGUGCACUGAGAGGUUAGAGGACUUGACACUGUAGAAAUAGAGCUUGUGGUUGAAAAAGAUUUCUAGCCUUUGCAGCAUGAUCUCUAAUUUGGGGGGAAAUAUAUGUUGUUUAUUUGUAAUAGAGACAGAAGCUAAGAUAAAAGUGCGCUGUUGAAAGAAGAUUCAAAAAAUUCAAACUAGGAAAAUGCCCUGAUUAGAAAAUGUGAUAAAAUAUUUUAAAAAAUACUUUUUAAAAGGCUAGAUGUUAUAUAUAUCACGAGCUAAGUAAUCAUUGGACAAGGCAUACAAUGAAAGUAUAAAAUAAAGCUUAACUGAUACACGCAUAGUGGAAAAGGUUUUCUAACAACCCCAGUUAAAAUGUAAUUAUGAUAUAUAGAUGUUAGUAUGUUGUUGUUAUUAGGUGCCAUCGAGUUGAUUCUGACUCAUAGUGACCCUGUGCACCGCUGAACGAAGCACCGUCCGGUCCUGCGCCAUUCUCACAGUAGUUGCUAUGCUUGAGCCUAUUAUUGCAGCCACUGUGUCAGUCCAUCUCGUUGAGGGUCUUCCCUUUUCUCACUGUUGGUAUAGGAAAUAAUAUUUCCUUUGGAUGAGAUAGUGUUUUGAGUAUUGUAUUCCUACAGGAAGCAUUUUUAGGACGUCAGUUUUACUAAAUAAGAUAAAAAAUUGCAGUGUGGCAUGAGUGUGUCUGGAUUUUAACUUCGAUGGACGUGGGUUACGCUGUUUCUUAACACGAAAUGAGGUUGCUUGACAAUAUGGCAAUAUCAUGUACUACUUAAGUAGCAGAAUGCUUUCAAAUAGUAAAAUUUGCCUGAAGAUUUUAUCUUAAUAUUUAGAACUCACUUCAUUGAUUUUGUUAAAACAUCCUUUGGAAUAUAUCAUUUAGGUUGUAGGUAAAUUAUAAGAUUCCAAAAGGAAGAGCAAAAAAGCUUAGUUCAAGUGUUUAUUUCUGUCUGUGAAACUUUAUUAGAUGAUUUUUCUUUUUAAUUCUCUAGGAAGUUAUUUCUUCAAACAACUGCUUGUUGUUUAAUACACAUUCCCUGUAUACAGAGAGAUUGCAUUUAUCAGUCCAAAUACACAUUCCUUCACAUGAUUAACAAUAUUGAUUGAGACCUGAUAGAUGGACUUUGAGGUAUAAACUACAGCUGCUGGCACAAGACAUAGUAUAGCAAUCUGGGAAAAACUCCCGUCAUCUUUUUUGUAGUAACAACUACAUCUGUGUUGGGAUUAUUAGUAACUGAUGUUUUGUGACUCUCAACUGCCCUCCCCACCUGCUCAUACUUACAAUUAAGUCUGAAUGGAAGAUAAGUCUGCAAAUGAUGAUAGUUUCUCAUGUUUAUUGUUGUAGUCUAAGAAUAUUGAAAAUCCUCUGUGUUCUGUUUUAAAAUAUUCUAAUUUCAAUUAUUUAGAUAUUCUAAAUAUUGUUUUAAUUUUUCGAAAUAAAAUGUGACACCAUUAUUAUUCACGAUCACCAACCUACAGUGUAUUCUGAUUUCCUUUAUUCUUAAGACCUUUAUAUUCAUUUAAUUCAAAAUUCUAACAGAAUGCUUGGUUUUUGGUUCAGCAGACACUUCUCAGAAUGUGACUAAUUUGUUGAUUAUCACAAAUUUUUGUAUAUGGAAGAAACUUUUAAGAUCUUCUUGUCCAACAUCAUUUUUUAAAAUGAUACAACUAGACUGAAAUUUAGGGCCUUCAAGUAGAAUUUCAGAAGAAACUUGAACAUGUUUUUUGCAGAGAGGUAAUAAUACCAGACAGAUAUAAUGACAUGUGGAAUAGUACAUAGUAAAAUCCAUUGAGGGGAUAGAUUUUUGUUAUUAUCUUUGCUUUUCAUAGUCAAUAUUGUUAAACCAAAUCUACUUAGGGACAUAAUUUCAGGUGUAGGCUUUAUUGAUACAUUGAUAUUUCUCACUGAUCACAAAAUAUGAAAUGGAAACAUUCCUAAAAUACCAUUUUAUAACUGUACUAUUUUAUGAAUAUCAAUAUAUACUUAAUAUGUACCUAUAAAUAUCAGUAACAAUAGGUUGGGUAGUGGUUGUAGCGUCCCUGCCGGUAUCUGGGUUAAAGUUAACCUUGCUUUGCCUUGGACACUUAAAAAGGCGAUGAAAAUCACUGUCUCUUUAAGGUUUUCUCCUUUCUACCCUAAAACUAAGUUGCUGUUCAUUCCUAUUGCUACAUCACUUUUCUAAACCUCUGUCCAUGCUCUUGCUUUUUGCUUUUCCCUAGGGGUGGGGGCCGAGUAGUUUGAGGAGAGAGAAAAUAAUUUCACGUGAAUAAAUGUUAAUAACAUAAAAUGAAAUAAUUUUGCAGCUGGAGGGAUUUGAGAGAAUCAUCCAAAAUCGUAUUUACAGAUUAAGGAACAGAUUCAAAAAGGUAAAAUGACUUUCCCAAGUUCAUGUUACUAGUUUGCUUGGGCUGUUGUCAGUUGCCAUGAAGCUGUAUGACAAGGAAAACACUGCCUGGUCCUGUGCCACAGCGUUUCAGGCUCCUAGCUCAGUGUCCUUUUAUGGACCAUUUUGAGCAUAUUUAUCUAUGAUGGUAACAAGGAAUAACUCGAUGUUGUGAAUUAACUUUUCAAAUUUCUUAUAGUUAAAACCAAAAUGUAUUAUGUAGAAUAUUCAGUCAUCUCAGAAAAGGGACUUUCUACUCCAUAUGCAUAAGUUUGUCAAAUUUAGUAGUUGAUAUGACUAUCACUUAAGACCUUUCAGAUAUAGAGUUAGGUUAGUAUUACUUAGUUAAAAACCAGAAACCAAACCAGUUGCCGUCAAAUCGAUUCUGACUCAUAGUGACCCUGUAGGACAGAGUAGAACUGCCCCAUAGGGUUUCCAGGUUGCAGCUGGUGGAUUUGAACUGCCGACGUUUUGGUUAGCAGCCAAGCUCUUAACCACUGUGCCACCAGGGCUUCAUUGCUUGGAGGCAUACUGUCAUUAUCAGUCUAUACGUGGCCCGUCUCUUUUUGGAUUAUUAUUUUUUCCUUCAUUCCCAGUCUCAACUCUCAUGCACUUUAUACCUUCCAACCCUCACUUGUACCCAGUCUGAUGUGUUUUACAUAUGUUCUUGGUUAUGCAUGUGUCCUUGUAAACCUGUGUAGUUCACUGUGUGUUUUGUAUUUACAUAACUGCUGUUUUGCUAUGUAUUUUACUUCAUCUAGCGUUGUUUGAGAUCUGUUCAUGUCACUGUAUGUAUAUCUGGUUCCUUGCUUCUGUGGACUGUAUUUCAUGGUUUGUAUCUAAUACAGAUGACUUUAUUCCAUUCCCGUAAUGCUGGAUACUCAGGUUACCGCCAAUUAUUGGAUACAAAUAAUUCUGUAAUGAACACCCUCCUACAUGUGGUGCAGUUGGUGCUUGGCUGCUAACCAAAAGGGUGACUGUUCGGGUUCACCGGGUGGUGCCUCAGAGGCACCUGGGAAGAAAGACCUCGUGAGCUACUUGAGAAAAACCAGCCAUUGAAAACCCUGUGGAGCAGAGUUCUACUCUGCCACACGUGGGGUCAGCAUAAAUCAAAACCAGCUUGAUGGCAACUGGUGACUAGUACACGUCCUUAAUAGUGGUGGAAGAAUUUUUUGGGGACGUAGAUGCAGGAGUGGUAUUGCUGAGUUAUGGGCUAGUCACGUAUUUAAUAUCACUAACUACCACAAGAUUAUUUCUAAAAUGGCUACACCAAUUUUUGCCCUCACCAACAAUGUGUACCAAUUCCUGUUUUCUCACAUUCUGCCAGUCUUCGGUAUUGUACAACAUCCAGCAUUUUGCUCAUUUGACAGUUUUUAAAUAGAAUAUCAUGAUUGCCUUAAUUUAUGUUUCUCUGGUUACCAGUGAAGUUGAUCAUGUCUUCCUUUCCUUCAUGGACAUUUGGAUUUCCCAUUCCUUAUCUGACCUACUCAUACUCUUUGCCUAUUUUUUGACUGAGUUUCCAUUUUUUUCUUGUUGAUUUUCUAGAAUUCUUUGUGUAUUUGAAAUAGUAAUCCUUUGGAGGUUUUAGACAUCACAGAUGUUUUCCCCAAUGUGUUAAUUUUCUGUUAAUUUGGACUGUGGUGCAGGAAUCCUUAAUGUAUUCAGAUGUAUCAAAUUUUUGAGUUUGUAGAUGGUAAGAAAUCCUUCCUAAUCCAUAGGUUGCAGAAAUAUUUUUUCCUGUUUUUAUAGUUUUACCUUUCAUAUUCAGGUCUUUCGUGUAUCUAGAAGGAGCCCUUCUGGCACAAACAGUUAAACUGGUAGCUGCUAACUGAAAAGUUGGUGGUUCAAACCCACCUGGCAGUUUGCACCCGCCCAGCAACUCUGCGGGAGAAAGACCAGGCGAUCUGCUUCCGUAGAGACUACAGCCGAGAAAACCCUGUGGGUCAGUUCUACUCUGUCACAUGGAGUUGCUGUGAGUCGAAAAGCAACUGAGUGCACCUGACAGCAACAACAAUGUAUCUGGAGUUCACCCUUUUGAGUACAGCAUUUCUUUCUUAAGAAGAGAAAACAAUAGUUAAAGAGACUAGUUGAUCUGGUAAUUUACUAGCUGUGUCACCUUGGCCAAAUCUAAUCCUCUCGUCCAAUAUUAACUCUAAUGUAACUGUCAUCUAACAGGAUGUUGUUUUAAAAUUCAUUGUUUCUGUAGCUUUGACCUUAAACUUUGCUUAGUUGUUCUGGCCUUCAACAAGGCUGUUUGUGUUAGGACUUUUAGUUUGAGGAAGGUUGUCUUGGACUCUCUUUAAGGAGCAUUAUGUUGAAAGAGUCUUCACCAUAACACUUUUAUGUAUACUAUUGACAUGGACUUCAAGGAUAAUGCACUGGUGUUAUUUUAUUGCAUAACUCAAAGAGCCCAAGACGAAGGAAACUCAGCUUCAUGUUUUAUAUUUGAAUGGCCUAAGCAGUGUGGAAUCUGCAGCUUUUCAUACAUCAUUUGGCCUGGAAAACUCCUUAAGAAGAUGGUUGUCUUACUGUGUUCCUAUGGUUAGAUCAGGGCAGUGGUAAGACAAAAGUUAAAAUGUUCUCUGUUGUGUUGUUGUUUAAUAAACUUUGAGGUUUAAUUUACGUGCAGUAAAAAGUACCAUUAUGCAUGUACAUUUUGAUAAGUUUUGAUACAUUUAUACAUCUGUGAAACUACCACCACAGCUAAGAUAUAGAGCAUUUCCUUUACCCUGAAAAGUUCCCUUAUACCUCAUUUCAGUCAUUCCUCCCUCCCCAGGGCCCAAGCAACUAAGGACCUGCUUUUGGUUACUAGAGAUGAGAUUUAUCUUUCCUAGUUUCAUAUAAAUGGAAACAGACGGUGUAUACACUUUGGUGUCUGCCUGUUGCUCAGCAUAGUGUGACGAGGUUCAUCCACAGAUCAUGGAUUCAGUUAUCACUUUUUAUAUUCCUUUCAGUUCUGUGUGUGGUCUGAAUAUUUUAGGUAUUUUUGCAUAAUGCCUUCUGAUCUGAUAUCCUUCGGUGCAUUUGUGGAAAGAGCAUUGAAAUGGAAGCUAGAGUCUAAGAUUCUUAUAUUGGCUCUGCCAUUAAUUGCCCUUUGACAUUGGGAAGAUAAUCCAGUUUAUCUGGGCCUAAAUUUGCUCAUCUGUAGAAUGAAUAUGAUGGAUUACUAUGUGCUAGGAAAUGAGACUCUGGAAUACUUUGGCCCAAGGAGCUUACAGUAUAGUGUGGAAGAAAAACAGGAAAACAAGCCUUUAAAAUACAGUGUGGGUUAUUUAUUUCUAAGAACUGGGAAGUUGGUUUUCAUAACCCUAGUUAGGAAGACUUAUUAGCAAAAGAAUAUGAGAAUUGUUGAUAUAUGGAAACCUUAGACCUGAAAGAAAGGUACUUAUAAAUUUGAAUGAAACAGUAUCUUUUUGAGAUCUUUUAGCAGUCACCCUCAACAAUUUAUCUUAACUUAGAUGGGUUUGGGAAUAAUGUUUAUUUUAACAAAAAAUAAAGAUGCAAACGUAACUUUUUUAUAUCCAUGUUUUCUGUUUUUGAAGGUAGGUAAGGCUUCUAACGUUUUUAUUAUCUCUUAUGUAUUGAUAAGUACACACUGCUUGUUGAAGGGAAUAAUGGAAUACCAACUAAAAUAGAAAAAAAAAAUCCUGUUAGAAAAGAAUCAGCCUUUUUCACUGCCUUUUUAUUUGGUGUUCUUUAUGGCAUAAAGGGGAAAUAAAUCUUGUCAACUUCCACAGAUUGUUUUUAAGUCCCAUUUCUUUCUUAAAAGUAUAAGCAUACAAGUUCAGUGAUGUCAUUUAUUAGGUCUUCUUCCACUGUGUUGUUAACUGUGUUGAGUCAGCUCCGACUCAUGGUGACUCCAUGUACAGCAGUACAGAACAUUGCUCGGUCCUGCAUCAUCUUAAUGAUCUUGGGACGCUUGAACCUGUUGUUGGGGCUGUUGUGCACUGCCUUCCAACCUGGGGGCUCACCUUUCAGCAAUAUCAAGACACUGUUCUGCUGUGAUAUUAAGGUUUUCAUUGGCUAAUUUUCAGAAGUAGAUUUCCAGACUUUCCUUGUCUGUCUUAGUCUGGGCUCCACUGAAACUUGCCCACCAUGGUCUAUCUUGCUGGUAUAUGAAAUACUGAUAGCUUCCAGCAUCAUAGCAACACAGAAUCACAGUACAACAAACUGACAGACAGGUGAUGGUCUUUCACUGUAGAUUAUAGAAUAAAUAAAUGUGUUAUCAGACCUUUGUGUCUUAAAAUAAUAUGAAUAUCCUUGCUGCAUUGCCUCUUUGACAGAUGUACAAAAUUUUUUUCUAUCCUCAGACUGUACUUCUGCUACUUAAGAGUUAAGAUUAGACAAGAUUUACAAUUUGUUAAGAGUCUGAUUUUUGAAAGGCCUUGAACUACCGAGGAUGGUUUGAAACUUUGAUAAGUCAGAUGUUGUACUUUAAAAGAGGACAGUUUUUUUUUUUUUUUUUUUGUAUCUCAGAGCACUGGUAAUAUAGUUAUUCCAGUUCUCCUAAGUCAAAUACAGUUCAACUUGAUGUAAGGAACGGCCUUGAGGUUUUGUUUGGGCUUGAGGGAACUCAUUUUAUUCCCAUUCUACAGUGAUUACGAGGGCAGGAUUUUGUUCCCUCUAAAGUGAGAGAGAAAAAAAAUGAGUUGUGUUGUAAUGCCAAUUAAAAAAAAAAUAAAGUAAAUGUAUUUCCUAGAGAAAGUAGAUCAUUGCCCUUGCCCCAUAUAACGGCAUUCUAUUUAAAAAAUAAGAGUCUCCUCUUCUCUGAGUAAGUCUUAACAAGGUAGAACCUCACUCAGUGAAGAUUUAAGGAUUCAUUUGAUGGAAACAUUUGUUUUGCAUGCAUUCCUGAGCUUUUGUAACUGUUUCUUCCCCCUACUUGACACAGAAAACUGCCUCUUAUAAUAUUACUAUAAAACUUCCAUAAACAUUUCAGAUUGGUCCGUUAUGGUUCUUUGACUGGAUGUACCGUUUCCCCUUAUUGCUCAUUUACUUUUUUAAAUUUUCUUAUUAUAAAUAACUGAAAUGAAUAUUUGUAUAUAAAGCUUGUCUGACAACUUAGAUUUUUUAUCCUGGUAUAGAGUCCCAGGAGGGGAAUUACUGGGCAAACCCUUUCAAGCUUCACAGUACAUAUUGCUACAGUGCUUUCCAAAAGGCUUUAUCAGUUUAUACUCUCUAAUAUGAAUUCCAGGAUCCUUUUGGGUGAUUGGGGAGACACAUAGUAGAGAGAACCAGAUGGUGUCCAGAAACCUGGUAUCUAGUCUCUGCCACUAAAUACUGGUGUUAGAUUCUUGGUUGGUAACUUAGCUUGUGUGGGCCUCAGUUUCCUCACAAUACAGUCUGGUGAAUACUGACUGCUCUCUCAGCUCUAAUUCUCGUUCUGUAAUAAAUGGUUUUAAUGGAGGAUCAGUGCUGAGAUCUUGCUUGGUGAUUUGUCUGGUAGGAAAGUAGAAGCAGGGAGAGUCAGAUGUACCCUAAGGAGGGGGAAAGCUAGCACAAAUGAGUAAGACAUCUGAUUUACUCGGUUUUUUUUUUUUUUUUUUUUUUUAAUCUUAUGAAGACUAGAGUUCAGUAAAUUUAUAUCAUAUAAAUACUUUGGUUGAGACACACGGAUUUUUAAAUAAUUUUAAGUAGAGAACGAAGGUGUAAGAAGCCAGACUUGUAACUUUAUGAAGAAAAUUGUGUUCCAUAUGGGUUUUAGGUUAUGUAGAAUGACUCAAACUGAGCAAAAAUAAAUUAAUACAUAAAAAUUAAAGAGUAUGUUUAAGAUUUAAGGGAAAUAUUUUAGUAAAUUAUUUUGUGAUGAGAAAGGGACAGAAAUUCUGCAUCAUCUCAAGUAUGUGUGAGAAGGUGACUUGAGCACAGCUUAGACCUGUUUAUUUCCCUUUUCAGGAAGCAAGUAACUUAUCUACGCUCUUAUUCAAAGGAGACUUGAUUUCUAUUAAUAAUUUAGGCAACAAAACAUCAUUAAUGGUGUGGGAGAAAUUGGACUCUAGCCUGACGGUGCUAAUCAAGAACCGAGACUACCUUCCAGAGACUUCUAUAAAAUAAAUCUUGAUGGCUCUGUCAACAGUGGAGCAAGAUUUUCUUGAACCAGUUUAAGGUAUUUGGUUAUCCAGCAGUCAGACAUGUAUGUACACGUGCGCACACACAUGCAACACACACACACACACACACACACACACACACACACACACAGUUAUGUGAGCGUUCCUGUAAUCUCUUAAAUAAAGAAUUACAAAAAAUAAAUGAUGUGUCACUAGUUAAUAUCCUGUGAUGAAAGUUAUUAGCUGCUUUUUUGGGUCAGUUUUAAAAAUUUACUCUUUUGGUCUGAUAUGUAAUUUUUAUAAAUUAGAAAUGUAAAUUAUUGGAGAAAAUAUAAUUUAAAUUUUUAGAAAUGUUUUCAAGUGGAAAGGGAAGUUCGUUUAAUAGUGAUUAUCUUAAAACUUUAUUAGCCUUUGAGUUCACUAUUUAGAGUUCCCUAAUGGAUUGCUAAGGAGCCCUGGUGGUGCAGUGGUUAAGCCCUCAGCUGCUAACUGAAAGGUCGGUGGUUUGAACCAACUAGCCGCUCUGCGGGAGAAAGAUGUGGCAGUCUGCUUCCUUAAAGAUUUAAAGCCUUGGAAACCCUAGGGGGCAGUUCUACCCUGUCCUGUAGGGUAGCUAUGAGUUGAAAUUGACUAGAAGGCUGCAGGAAUAGAUUGUUAGAAAUAGUGAGUUCAUUGCUUGACUGAAUAAAUAAUUCAUAUGGCGCAAAAGCAGCCUUUUCUUUCUCCCUAAUUCCUUUCUCUCCAUUAUAUUCCCGUUCUCUCUUUUAAAAGGCUCCUUUACAGCCAAAGAGCAACUUUGUUUGAAUGUGCAAGAGCCUGGGCAUAGUUGCAGCUUCAGUGGUAGCUGAGUAUCCCGGGUCAAAUAACAGAAUGAAAAAUCUGUGUUAAAUGUAUAUUUUCCAAUAGCAAUUAAAAGGAAACAUAGUACUUAAAAAUUGUUGAACUUUACUCUUAUGGUAAAGUUGCCCUGGAAAUUUAUUUUAGCAAAAUACCUUUUUGUUUCUGGAUAUAGUAUCCUUCAUAGUGUCUGCCUCAAAACAAAAUAGAGUUUUAAAACUUUGUAAAUUAUUGAAUGUCUUCUAGUUUUUCAAAAGCCAUUUUACUGGGCUGAGUGACAUUUUCAGUAUUGGUCUGGUAAAACAUAAGGGUUUAUUGUUUGUUUGUCUUGUUUUUAUUUACUUGGCAUUUUAGAGUUCUUUAUUUUCUUAAAAUUAUCUUUAAUUAUAGCAUCAGAGUAGAAAUUAUGCCAGAUUAUUUGCCCUGAUGGUGCAGUGGUUAAGAGUUUGGCUGCUGACCAAAAGGUCAGCAGUUUGAAUCCACCAGCUGCUCAUUGGAAACCCUGUGCAGCAGUUCUACUCUGUCCUUAAGGUGGCUAUGGGUCAGAAUAGACUUGAUGGCAGUGGGUUAUUGAAGCCAUUAGGAGACUCAGUAUUUUAUUACGUCAGAGCAGUUGUCAGUCUAGCCCAGUAAUCUGACAGUGACUCAAAAAUUAUUUCUUUGGACAUCAUGGUGGUUAUCUUUCAUAAAUAACUACAUCUUUUUGUUUGUUGUAAAUUAAUAUCUGAUAUCUUUAAGAGGUAAUCUAAAAUGUUUCUUGGAAUUUGUGUUUAUUUAGCACAUUUCUUGGUUUAACAAGAUGAUUAAGUUUAUGGAACAGAAAUGUAAAGUAAGGCAGUGAGUGGACUGUAAUCCAGAUUUCUAUCAACUGGAAAUACUUAUGAAUUGAUAUUUUGCUGCCUCUGCAGUGUACUGAUACUUUACCAAUAUAAUGUUUGUCUUUGAAGAAGUUUCUAAAUAAUAAAAGUCUUAAUGACCUUCCUAAGAAGUCUUUCUAGGUCAGCUUCCACAAAUUGUUUAUGAUCUAAUUUACAAGUUCCUAACCAUAGGGACGAAGAGACUGAGUCAGAGAAAUAAGACUGAAAACCUAAAACCCACUGCCAUUGAGUCGAUUCCGACUUGUAGCCACCCUAUAGGACAGAGUAGAACUGCCCUGUAGGGCUUCCAAGGAGCGGCUGGUGAAUUGGAACUGCCCAGCUUUUGGUUAGUAGCCCAGCUCUUAACCACUGUGUCACUAGGGCUCCAGAAGUCUGAAGAGAUAUAUAGUUUUCCAGUGAUCAUUAAUAAGUAGAGUAUAGAGAUAGGAUACUUUCCUAAAAAAGAAAAAAGCUUGGUACUAAACUGUCAAAGGUUUGAUUCUGUGUGAGUCAGCUGUUAUUUACUGUAGUCUCAGGAGUUACCAGCACCGCCAUCCUGUCACAUUGCCAGUACAUAGCUUUGGUCACCAGGUGAGUGAGUUAAACUGGGUCAGAAAAAAAACUAGUACUAUGUGUGGAAAAAUAAGUAAAAGCACACAUCCUGCUUUGCUCUGGAAGAUCAGUUUGAGGAGGAUAUUGAUUUGACUUUAAUCAAUAUCUGUAAAAGAAAAUAUUAAAUAAUGAAAUAACAAUCGGAAGAAUCGGAAGAAUGGAUAGACAUAAGAAAGAACUUUGGGACAGUAAUAAUGAUUAGAUAUUAGAGUAGGUUUCCCAGGAGAAUAUUUUUAAGAAUUGAACAUGUGACAGUGUUAUGGAUCACGUGGGCAGUGCUGGAAGUGAGAAGAGGGCAAAAGAAGUGGGCUUAGUCUUGUCAAGUCUCUUUGUCCAGUGAGAGUUAGGGGAGCGUUUCAUUUCCUCUUGGAAAAUGCAGUGACAUUGGAAUCCCAUUUCAUCUUCUCAUUUUGACUUUAUAAACAGUUUUUGGGAGAAACUUUUAAGAAUUAUGUAGAACAGUUUUAUUUUUAUAUGUCAUACACAGCGGACACCUUUAAAACUACUUAUUUGUAUAGCACGUAAUUUGCAGAACAUGUUCGUGCAUAAUACUGUAUUGUCUUGAUUUUAAGAGCUCAUCAAUUGUGAGAUACAUCCUUUGAUUUAAUCACGGCUUUUUUCUUUCUUUUUGGGAAAAACAGACACUUUUCUUGGGGAGGAGUAUUCUGUAUAAGGAUUGUCCUGAAUUAUUUUUGCCCACAGGCGUUUCAGCCACAUGCUACUCUUCUUGACCUCUGGCCCUUUUAGGAUUGAUAGCAUAAUUCCGAGAUACAUCCAAGAAUUACUUUAGCUUGGUUUCUAUUUCCUAUUUAAUUACAUUUGUAGCUUGCUUUCUUUUUUUUUUAACCAAUUAUGUUAUGUAUCAGUGGAAGUUAAUUAUCUUCUCUUGAAAGUUAUCCAGAAAACUUUUGACAAAACAGAUACUUGGUACCUGUUCAGAAUUAUCACGUAUUAGACCUUCACUUUACAGUAACCAGCCACAUUGGCCUCCUUUAAACUGGAAAAUUUUGUAAUCUUUCCUGUGAUUUUUUUUUUUUUUUUUGUGGUGGGGGGUACUUCCUACUGCUUUUAAUUGAAUAUCUUGGCACAUCACAGGCAGUUUUGGAUAGAUAAUAACUUGCUGCAUUAUAGUGAUCUUCUAAAAGACAUUUCCAGAGGUAAUUAGGGAUUUAAAAUUAAGUUAAAAUUCAACUGUAUAUGGUUUUAUCAAUGUAGAUAACUGGAAAAAAAAAAACAAACAACCAAACUCGUUGCCAUCAAGUCCAUUCUGACUCAUAACAACCCUAUAGGACAGAGUAGAACUGCCCCCUAGGGUUUUCGAGGAGUGCCUGGUGGAUUCGAACUGCCAGCCUUUUGGUUAGCAGCCGUAGCACUUAACCACUACGCAGUUACCUGUAGAUAACUGAGGUGACAGAUAAAUAGAUGCAUUUGUAUUCAUGUCUGAGUUUGCGUAUGGGUAGGUAAUGGGCAAGGUAUUUUAGCAUUCUGUGCAAUGGCUGGCAGGGUUCUCUUGCGAUCUACUGUCAGACUCUUCUUAAUUUAAAAAACAUUAAAGUGAAAAAAUGUGCAUUUUAGAAUUGAGAAAAUAGACUACUUUUCUCCCCCAGAACUGCAUAAAGGAGACAAAACAGCUGAUGGAUAGGAUUCUUAUUAAGAUAAAGAAUCUGAGUAUUUUGAGAUGUGUAGUCACACAGUAAGCGGUAGAUCUGGGAUUAUAAACCAGGUUGAAGACCUCUAGAUAUGUGUAUUGUCUACUGUGCUGCCUUUUCAACAAUAAUUCAUUUUGGUUAUGGGUUACCUUCACUUUAAUGAGACUCACGUACUGGACAAACAUUUAUUAAAUGCUAUUAUUUUACGCCAGGCAUUAUGUUAAAUGAUGUUGUAAGACAGUAAAGAAGACAGUUAUGGUCUCAGUCCUCAUGAAACCAACAAUUUUGGAAAAGGCUGAAACUAAACAAGUAAUUGCAACUAAAAUAAGUGUCAAGGGGAAGUUGUAAGAUGUUUUCAGUUUAAAUUUUCAACUGGCAAUUGGCCGAAAACUCCUAUCUGAAGACGUGAGCAUCAAAUGCCAUUUUGUGGUUUGGCUACUGUCCGCUUGACAUAGGAAGGCCCUAUCAAGAAAGACUAAUGGAGUGACUGUCAAAAGGAAAUCAAUGGAAAAUCUUAAACUUCCACCAUAAGAAGAUUAGAAAGAGGUCCCUCCUGCACCAAGAAAGAUCUGCAGGUCUUUUUCAGUGUUCUUGGAGGUGUGGGGUGUGAGAACUUGAUCAGUUUGUGUCAACCACCUUGUUCUCUAGAGAACGACCCUAUUUGAAAAUGUAUGAAGCUAUUUAUAAUCGACUCUGUGGCAGUGAUUAAAGAGGUGUGAAUAAUAGGUUGUUGGAAGUUGACAGCUUCUGGUUUGCUAAACCAGUGUUAGAACAUUUAUACUGUUCGGAUGUACCUUAUUUUUCUAAGUUUAAAGAUUCAAGAGGAAUUCAAAACACGUGACCUUGAGGAAACAUCCCCCCCUCAACCGUCAGUUACAAAUUAUAAUACUGUGGUAGAAACAAAUUCAGAUUCAGAUGAUGAAGACAAACUCCAUAUUGUGGAAGAAGAAAGUGUCACAGAUGCAGCAGACUGUGAAGGUGGUGUGCCAGAAGACGACCUGCCAGCAGACCAGACCGUAUUGCCAGGGAGCAGCGACAGAGAAGGAAAUGCUCAGAGCUGCUGGGAAGAUGAUGCAGGAAAGGAAAGACAAGAAAUCCUGGGGCCUGAAGCUCAGGCAGAUGAAGCUAGAUGUACAGUAAAAGAUGAUGAAUGUGACUCAGAUGCAGAAAAUGAACAAAACCGUGACCCUAACGUUGAAGAGUUCCUGCAACAACAAGACACUGCUGUCAUUUAUCCUGAGGCACCUGAAGAGGACCAGAGGCAGGGCACACCAGAAGCCGGUGGUCAUGAUGAAAACGGAACACCAGAUGCAUUUUCCCAGUUACUCACCUGCCCGUAUUGUGAUAGAGGCUAUAAACGCUUUACCUCUUUGAAAGAACACAUUAAGUAUCGCCAUGAAAAGAAUGAAGAUAACUUCAGUUGCUCUCUGUGCAGUUACACCUUUGCAUACAGAACCCAGCUUGAACGUCACAUGACAUCACAUAAAUCAGGAAGAGAUCAAAGACAUGUGACGCAGUCUGGGGGUAACCGUAAAUUCAAGUGCACUGAAUGUGGAAAAGCUUUCAAAUACAAACACCACCUAAAAGAGCACUUAAGAAUCCACAGUGGAGAGAAGCCAUAUGAAUGCCCCAACUGCAAGAAACGUUUUUCCCAUUCCGGUUCCUAUAGCUCCCACAUAAGCAGUAAGAAGUGUAUCAGCUUGAUGCCUGUCAAUGGGCGACCAAGAACAGGACUCAAGACAUCUCAGUGUUCCUCACCAUCUCUGUCAGCAUCACCAGGCAGUCCCACACGACCACAGAUACGGCAAAAGAUAGAAAAUAAACCCCUUCAAGAGCAACUUUCUGUAAACCAAAUUAAAACUGAACCUGUGGAUUAUGAAUUCAAACCCAUAGUGGUUGCUUCAGGAAUCAACUGUUCAACCCCUUUACAAAACGGGGUUUUCAGUGGUGGUGGCCCAUUACAGGCAACCAGUUCUCCUCAGGGUGUGGUGCAGGCUGUUGUUCUGCCAACAGUGGGUUUGGUGUCUCCCAUAAGUAUCAACUUAAGUGAUAUUCAGAAUGUACUUAAAGUGGCAGUCGAUGGUAAUGUAAUCAGGCAAGUUUUGGAGAAUAAUCAAGCCAGUCUUGCAUCCAAAGAACAAGAAACAAUCAGCGCUUCAUCCAUACAACAAGGUGGUCAUUCUGUUAUUUCAGCCAUCAGUCUUCCUUUGGUUGAUCAAGAUGGAACAACCAAAAUUAUCAUCAACUAUAGUCUUGAGCAGCCUAGCCAACUUCAGGUUGUUCCUCAAAAUUUAAAAAAAGAAAAUCUAGUCCCCACAAACGGUUGCAAAAGUGAGAAGUUACCAGAAGAUCUUACUGUUAAAUCUGAGAAGGACAAAAGCUUUGAGGGGGGAGUGGAUGACAGCACUUGCCUUCUGUGUGAUGGCCGCCCAGGAGAUCCUAAUGCACUUCCAGAAUUAAAGCACCAUGAUCUGAAGCAGCCUGCUCGGCCGCCUCAGCUCCCUGCAGCAGAAGCUGAGAAGCCCGAGUCCUCUGUUUCAUCAGGUACUGGAGACGGCAGUUUGUCUCCCAGCCAGCCACCUUUAAAGAACCUCUUGUCUCUUCUAAAGGCAUAUUAUGCUUUGAAUGCACAACCAAGCGCAGAAGAGCUCUCAAAAAUUGCUGAUUCGGUCAACCUGCCACUGGAUGUUGUAAAAAAGUGGUUUGAAAAGAUGCAGGCUGGACAGAUCUCCGUGCAGUCUUCCGAACUGUCUUCUCCUGAACCAGGCCAAGUUAAUAUCCCUGCAGAGAACAGCGAUCAGCCUCCGUCUACAAACGCAGACGAACCCCAAGACAGCACAAUAAAUCCACAGAGCCCUCUGAAGAUGAGUAAAUCUCCAGUUUUGCCAGUGGGAUCGACUGUCAGUGGUUCCAGAGGUAGAACGCCAUCCCCAUCACCACUAAACCUUUCCUCGUCCAGAAAUGCACAGGGUUACGUGUACACAGCGGACAGUGCACAAGAAGAGCCACAAGUAGAACCUCUUGAUCUUUCACUACCAAAGCAACAGGGAGAAUUACUAGAAAGGUCAUCCAUCACUAGUGUUUACCAGAACAGUGUUUAUUCUGUCCAGGAAGAGCCCUUGAACUUGUCAUGUGCAAAAAAGGAGCCACAGAAGGACAGUUGUGUUACAGACUCAGAACCAGUUGUAAAUGUAAUCCCACCAAGUGCCAACCCCAUAAAUAUUGCUAUACCUACAGUCACUGCCCAGUUACCCACAAUCGUGGCCAUCGCUGACCAGAACAGUGUUCCAUGCUUGCGAGCACUAGCUGCCAAUAAGCAAACGAUUCUGAUUCCCCAGGUGGCUUACACAUACUCAACUACCGUCAGUCCUGCAGUCCAGGAACCACCCUUGAAAGGGAUUCAGCCAAGUGGAAAUCAGGAUGAGAGGCAAGACACUAGCUCAGAAGGAGUAUCAAAUGUGGAGGAUCAGAAUGACUCCGAUUCUACACCGCCCAAAAAGAAAAUGCGGAAGACAGAAAACGGAAUGUAUGCUUGUGAUUUGUGUGAUAAGAUAUUCCAAAAGAGUAGCUCUUUACUAAGACAUAAGUAUGAACACACAGGUAAAAGACCUCAUGAGUGUGGAAUCUGUAAAAAGGCGUUUAAACACAAACAUCAUUUGAUCGAGCACAUGCGGUUGCACUCUGGAGAAAAGCCCUAUCAGUGCGACAAAUGUGGAAAGCGUUUCUCACACUCCGGGUCUUACUCGCAGCACAUGAACCAUCGCUACUCCUACUGCAAGAGAGAGGCGGAGGGGCGCGACGGCGCCGAGCCGGAAGAGGCGGGGCCGGAGGGCCUCCCCAGCGAGCGCGCCGCGGCCCGGGCGUCUCCUUCGCAGGCUGACUCGGAUGAGAGAGAGAGCUUGACGCGGGAAGAGGAUGAAGACAGUGAAAAAGAGGAAGAUGAGGAGGAGGAUAAAGAGAUGGAAGAACUGCAGGAAGAAAAAGAAUGUGAAAAACCCCAAGGGGAUGAGGAAGAAGAGGAGGAGGAAGAAGAGGUGGAGGAAGAAGAGGUGGAAGAGGCGGCGAAUGAGGGAGAAGGAGCAGAACCGGAAGGUCCAGUGAAGGAUGACGGCGCUGUGCAUCAGGCAAGCCGCGUAGAACACAAAGUGAACGCGAAUAGUGAGCAAGUGUCUGAAGAGAAAACAAAUGAAGCCUAAGAGUUUUCUAGAAGGAACAUCAAUUCUCAUUGGUAAUGGAGUUUGUUCUAUAUAAUACAUGCUUUUCAUGGAAACACAGUAAUCUGUAUGCUGUGAUUUCUGUUCACUACUGUGUAAAGUAAAAAAUUAAAAAAAAAAAAAAUAACAAAAUACAAAAAAAAAAAAAAAAACCACAAAAAAAGAAAUCCAGGUGUGCCUGAACCUCAGACCUAGUAAUUUUUCAUGCAGUUUUCAAAGUUAGGAACAAGUUUGUAACACGAAGCAGAUUAGAAAACUUGAGUAACUCAGAAAGCAAAGGUUCAACAGGAAACUGAUUAAUUAGAUAAGCAUCUGGCAUUGUUUCAUUUUAUCAGUAUUAAUUAUCACUCUUCUGUUGGUUUAUUCUUGAGCUGUACAAUUGGGAGAAAUUUUAUAAUUUUUUAUUGGUAAACAUAUGCUAAAUCCACUUCAGUAUUUUAUUAUGUUUUUAAAAAUGUGAGAACUUCUGCACUACAAAAUUCCCUUCACAGAGAAGUAUAAUGCAGUUCCAAACCGUGCUAACUACCUUUUAUAAAGUCAGUCUAGAAGGUAGUAAUUUCUAAUAUGUAGAUGUCAUAGUGGAGCAUAUUAUCAUUUCAAGUGUAUUUGUUAGCCUUAAGAAGCAGCAGAUAGAAGAACUGAAGUUUCUUACUCAUGUGGUUUAAGAUGUAGUUCAGAGGAUUGUCAUUGAGUUCUGAUUGCAGGGACUAACAGUGUUAAUACUGGUGAGGACAGCAGCGUCGUCAGAAUCAGUGUUCGUAAUUGUGUUGGAGUACGUGGUAACAAAUAUGAAGGAUAUGAUAUGAAGCUUUGUAUCUCCUUUGGCCUUAAGCAAGACCUGUGUGCUGUAAGUGCCAUUUAUCAGUAUUUUCAAGGUUCUAACCCGCCUUUGUUCAAUGUGUGGCCUACAAUAACUAGCAUUUGUCGAUUUGUUUGUUGUAUCAAAAUUCUAAAAUAAAAGUUAAAACCACUGACUCUGUCAGAGAAAUCGAAACACUGGGACACUUCAUCCUUUAAUUCCUCAGUAUUCAUUUUGUGUUAAUUGACUUUCAGAAUUUCUCUACAGAAAUGAAAGGGAAAUUUUCUAAUCUGCUUUAUCCAUGUACUUGCAUUUCAGACAUGGACACGUCAUUUUUAUUUGGCUCAUAACUGUUUCCAAAUGUUAGUUAUUAUGGACCCAAUUUAUUAACAACAUUAGCUGAUUUUUACCUAUCAGUAUUAUUUUAUUUCUUUUAGUUUAUAGAUCUGUGCAACAUUUUUGUACUGUAUGUCUUCAAACCUGGCAGUAUUAAUACCCUUCUUACUGACAUAUGUACUUUUAGUUUUAGAAAACUUUUAUAUUUAUGUGUCUUAUUUUUAUAUUUCUUUAUUUAUUACACAGUGUAGUGUAUAAUACUGUAGUUUGUAUUAAUACAAUAAUAUAUUUUAGUAUGAAAAUUUGGAAAGUUGAUAAGAUUUAAAGUAGAGAUGCAAUUGGUUCUCUUGCAUUGAGAUUUGAUUUAACAGUGUUAUGUUAACAUUUAUACUUGCCUUGGACUGUAGAACAGAAUUUAAAUGGGAAUGUAUUAGUUUUACAACUACAAUCAAGUCAUUUUACCUUUACCCAGUUUUUAAUAUAAAACUCUUCAAUUUUGAAAUUCACUGUGUGACUAAUAGCAUGAUGCGCUGCAGUUUUAUUAAGAGAAAUAGCCUAACCAUAAAACUCUCAUUUCCUUAGUCAGCCAAACUAGGAUAACCAUAUGUAAACAGUGUUGGGAACAAUGUUUAACAUUUCUGUGCCAAUUUGUUCCUGUAUUCAUGUAUGUAAGUUACAAAUCUGACUCUUCAUUUUUAAGUUCCUUGUUACGCCAUGGUCAUUUUCUAGUUUUUUACCAGACUCCCCCAUCUCACAAUAAAAUGCAUCAACAAGCCUGACCUGCUGUCAUUCUUUUAAUCAUUAUCAAGAUUUUCUUUGAAAUAAUCUCUGAAAUUGGACAUUGCGCUGUCAUCUGCACUCAAUUCGUCUUGGGCUGAGUUUGGAAAACAAACUAAAUGUAUUACACAUUCACCAACAGCACAAAACGGAAGAUUUUCUUGUGAUGACUAAAUGUUUCUAGGAAGUUAAGGCCUCUUCAGAGGUUGUUCCUUCUUUCUGAAACCCUUAACCCCCCACUCCUGAUCCUGUGACUUCUAAUCCUUCAGGUCACUUCAGAGAAGCCUGGUUUAGUUGCCUUUCCUGUGUGCUCCCAUAGCACCCUGUACAUUCCUCAUUUUAGCUCUUACAUUGUCAUUUAUAUUCCUCACACUAGGGACUGAGACCAUGUCUGUCAUAGUCACUCUUAUAUCCCCCAAUGCCAACAGAGUGCCUGGUACAAGUAGGUUCAAAUAUCUGUUGAAUGAAAAAAUAAUUUGCAUGUUAACAGAGCUCAACUAUGUUUUCACUACUAUUUUUGCUUCUAAUCCUGAAUAUAUAUGUUAAAUGAUUCCAGUAAGUUAAUUUUCUUAUGCAGGUCCUAUUAAUCAAUAGGUAUAAUAGACACAUAAUAAAAGAUAUCUUCUUUUGCUAUUGUCU